GGGUAGGGGGGAGGGGAGGGGGACCGGAGGGCGAGAGGUAGAAGAGAAGGGCGAGCGAGGAGCAGCAGUAGAAGAACGAGAAGAGAGCAGCGAGAGCUGAAGCUAUACUACUGAACUGAAGCUAGGCCUCGGCAAUUGUUGGUCUCGGGAAUCGAGCUGAAACAAUUCUGUGCGAGCGAGCCUGUGACCAGUGAUCUGAGCCCUUCAUUGAGCCAAGUUUUCCUCUCCCCCCGUCUCACUUUACACUCCUCCUCCGCCCUUUCUGUCGUCGUCGUGUGGUUCUUACCACCAUUUCGGUGAAGGUCAGGUUCUGGACUCUCUCGUGCUCAGCAAGCUACGGUUCCUGGAGUUCUCCUACGCUUGUUGGGGAAGAUCCCGUUGUGGCGUGUGCUGUGUCUGAGGUGCUGGGAAUUUAGGGAGUAAGAGUAGAAAUUAGGGAUAGUAGAAAUCUGAGCAAGCGGUUUAAUGAUCUCGGCCAGCAGCUAGCUACUAUCUGUUGUACGCUGUGAGCACCUCACCUCGCUCUCUUUGUUUUGGCUCGAGUUGUCGGAUCAUCGGACCUCAUCGGCACUCAUUUUUCUUCAUGCCUGAUGCAGCAGCACACCGCAGCUGCAUCAGAAGGCAAGGAAGACCAGCGCCGUCCUCAGUAGCUCCACAAAUCUUUGGAUACUAAGGCAGCUUCAGCAGAAAAUUUGAUCCAUUUUGGUGGACCUAAGGGACGAGCGAACCUCCUUAAUCAGGACACUCACUGGACCACUCUCUUAUUCACUCCCUCGCUAACCCCCACAAUCUAGGUGCCAGACGAAGAAUUUUGUCUGAGGCUCAGUCAGCUGGAGUUUGCGAUUGGUUCCCAGGUGGUCGCUUGCUUGCUUGCUGGCAGGCUGGGUUUCUGGGUUUCUGGCAAGCGGGAAGAAAUCCCCGGCUUUCCAACAGUGGGAGCGGCUUUGGAGAUCAUGAUGGAUUUGACCAUCGUCUGUUCAUGCCCAGCCGGAGGUUCCAGGCAAGUGUGAACUAUGAUCAGGAGGAGCCUGCUUGAAGUCCAACUCACUGGAUGAUCGUUGGCCACGAACAGGUUCGAAGGAUUUGGCCAAUUCAGUUCUCAAUGCACAGAGGCGGGUUUGCAGCUGGAGCAUCUCAGCAGCAGCUUCUGAAUCAGACGCAUGUUCUCAGGUCUGCGUAUACUCGAUAAAUAUCGUUAUCGGUUUAUCUUAUGAGUGUCGACGUCACUCAAACCUUCGCCUGCUUCAACCGGGGACUGUUGGCACAGAGAUACUGAAGCUCAUCGGCGCAGUAGGAGUGAGAGUCCAAUUGAAUUGCAGUGCAAUGGAAGUGGACAUGCGCAUGUUCGAGUCAGCGAUGUUGCUGGAUCAGCAAAUUCAGCUCGAAGAUUACAUGUUCAACGAGCCGCCUGCGAAUGUUGUGUACUACGGCGGCCAGCAGGCGGGCGGCGGAGGAUCGUGGGAAAUUAAAGAUGCCAGGGCUUUGCAGGGACAGGUCUCAGUGUUCGCGAUUUGCUCGCCGAGUCUCAGCCGAUCGAGCUCGCAGGUGAGCACGGGCAGCGAUUCGUCGCUGUCCUACGACAACUGCAACCCGCCGCAUCGCGGUGGGGUUUACAGCGACCAGUUCAAGGCCGCCAGCGCCAGCGCCAGCCUUUGCUCCCCUCUCUCCGAACUGCAGCGAGCCCGAAGCUGCACUUCAUCUUUGCAAAGUUUCGAAUCCGAGGACCUGGACGAUCCUCGAGCAGGUGGUGCCUUCUCGCCGACCGACAUGGUCGUGGGCAGCGACACCACCUCCGUCACCAGUCAGGAACAUUUCGUCCUGCACCACGACCUGAGCUCGUUCAUGGAGUCCGUGCUCCUUCAUGGCUCCGACGUCGGCCUGUCCGUGGACCCCGAGUACGCAUGGAGCCCCUCGUCCCGCCAGUGCCUCUCGUCGCAUCGUGAUGCCUACUCCAGCCCCAUCAACGUCCUGGAUUUCCCAGAUUCCACCGCCGGCGCCAGCCCUCCCCGUGCAGACAUUUCGUCGGGCCAUUUCGUCGAUUCCCCUCCCCCACUCGCCCAGCAGCAGCAGCAGCAGCAGCAAGAGGAAACGCUGGCCGAGGGGCCGAGGCCAUCGAGCGUGGGCUUCGAGGUCGGGGUCGGGAAGCUGGGAGGGCAAGCGCAAGGGCAGUGGAUGAGAGCAGGAGAGGCAGCGGGGAGCAGCAACGAUUUCUUCUACCAGCAUUUGUCGUCGGAAAUCUCGUUCCAGAAUUGCCACACGGCGCACGCGAGCGGAUUCCAGCCGCGCGUGGUGCCGCAGCUGGGCAUCCGAUCGGAGGAGGACUUGAACGGGAUACGCCUGGUGCAUCUGCUGCUGGCCGGGGCCGAGGCGGUGGCGAGCACGAACAUCGAUCUGGCCACGGUGAUAUUGGUUCGGCUCAAGGACCUGGUGUCGCGCAGUGGCAGCACCAUGCAGCGAGUGGCGGCCUAUUUCUGCGAGGGCCUCCAGUUCCGCAUCGAGGGCGUGCGCGGGCCCGACCGCGUGGCCGAGUCGCAGAACGACUCGCUCAGUGCGUUCCAGGUGCUGCACGAGGUGUCGCCCUACAUCAAAUUCGGCCACUUCACCGCGAACCAGGCCAUUCUCGAGGCCUUCGAGGGCGAGCGCCGCGUGCACAUCAUCGACUACGACAUUCUCGAAGGCAUUCAAUGGCCGUCGCUGAUGCAAGCCCUCGCGUGCCGCACGGGCGGGCCUCCGCACCUGCGCGUCACGGCUCUGUGUCGCCCGCACGUCAAGCGCGCUCUGGCCGUGACGCAGGAGACGGGCAAGCGCCUCACCGAGUUCGCAGCCACAUUCAAUAUUCCCUUCUCGUUCCAUCAAGUGCGAAUCGACAACGAGGAUGAGCUGCGCCCCACGCUUCUGAAGCAGGUCAAGGGCGAAUGCCUGGCCGUGAACUGCAUGGUGCACCUCCCUCACAUGCCGCACCGAUCCAAAAAGGCCGUCACCUCGUUCCUCCGGGCCGUGCACCGCCUGUCGCCCAAGGUGCUCACGCUCGUGGAGGAGGAGCUCAGCUGCAGCUCCUCGACCUUCGUCAGUCACUUCUUCGAGGCCCUGCACCACUACUCGGCCAUCUUCGACUCGCUCGAGGCCAGCCUGUCGUCUGAGAGCAAAGGCCGCCAGCUCGUGGAGCGCAUCUUCCUCGCUCCGCGCAUCACCGGCCUCAUGACGUCCAGCAACACAGACAGCAAUCCUGCGGGCGCCUCGAGCAGCUCCGGCGGCCUGUGUGAGGGCGAUGGCGGCGUGCACUGGCAUUCUCUCGCCCAGACCGAGGGAUUCCACCCCGUGCCCCUCAGUGUCUACAACCUGUGUCAAGCGAAGCUGCUGCUGGGCUUGUUCAGCGACGGCUACAAAGUGGAGGAGGAACAAAAUCGCCUGCUGCUCGGCUGGCGGUCCAAAAUCUUGUUGGGGGCUUCCAUCUGGCAAUGUACGCGAUACGAGAAGUGAAAGUUACUAUUAAGCUAUAAACCUAUUCGAGUGGUACAUCGAUAUACUUUUGCUUAUACAACUGUCCAUAUCCAUUCUAGUCAGCAGCUCCGGCUAGCCACCAGCAGCAGCAAGAUUUCUGGAACCUGCAAGAUCAUCUCGAUUCGUGCUUGUAAACUAGACAACAGUGUUGUACAGGUCAAUGUAGUCAGCUUUAGAAACUGAUUUGUAUCGUGUAAUAUAGCAUGUGAUGAAGGUGGGGAAAUAAAAUGGUCGUAAGUUGCAUUUGAAUCUCGCAAACCUGGCUAGCGAAGUGUGCACAGCGUUUGAAUUUUCC